CACGUGUGUGUGUGAGAUAUAAGUUUGAGUUGAGUACACGUCAUGAGAUACAUCUUUCCUUAAAUUAAAGGCGUACGGGCAUGAUUGUACAGCAGCAUCUAUCUGCAGACAGCUGUAAGUUCCUGGCAAGGCGGUGGUGCUGAAGUGUCAAAGGACAGCAGCCUCCGGUUGGUGAAUUCGCUCUCUUUCUUUAUUUCUUCCAGACUGAGGACUAAUCAGUACUACUGCACGCGAUAGGCUACUGCCUGGGAAGGGCAAUCUACAGCUCAUGCUAACGUAGGAUGCAUAGAGAAUCAUCCAGUUAUCCAGGGAAGAAUUGAUCACAAAAUGCGUCCUGGAUUCUCUAUUUGCGUGGCAGAUACACGGUAGCAACGACUUUGGGGUAACCAGGUCUUUACGGCAACCAACGUAGCUGAAUGUUAGCAGUUAGCAACGAAGGUGGGGAGAACGGUGGAUCUCUACAAAUGGAUUAAUAUACUGUUAAAAAUAUGUCUACCUAUUAUCGAGUGGUAACGUCCAAACAAAUCGACAACAAAGUUUCAGAACUGCUUUUUGCAUUGGGACUGAAAUAAGAACAGCAGGACCUGCGGCGUAAAGCCUGUCAAGCUUUGCUUGAGUGACUUGUUACUUGCAAAUGCUGUAAUUCAGAAAUUAAACCGCAUUGCCCCUAGCCAUUUUGACUGCGUCGACUUCAGAAUCGGAUAUUGUAGCAGUCUCCGUAUCUGAGGUCGGAUGUGAGCCAACAAUCGUUAUAAUACUCGGCUAUCAAAGGUGCAACAUCCUGUGCAGGCUGAGACGUUGUUUAGUUUGCAACCCCCUUACUAGAUGACUGAUUUGUGUUGCAACGAGUAAGCUGCCUAUCGGAUGUCCCUAUGUCUUAAAUUAAUGCAUCUGACAAAGAAUGUGUAAAUAUUCAUCUUAGGGCCAUGUAAAGGCCUAACUGGUAAAAUAUAUUAUGACAACGGAUGGGCUUUGGAUUCCGGGUUUGGUUGAAGAAGUGUGAAAUAUCUUGGAUUCAUUAAAACGUAUGAUUCCUCGCCGUUCGUAACCGGUUGCCUCUCAAGGACAAUUGCAUAUUCUUCCGUGUGGAGUGGGCAUAUUGGUUUGGAUGACACUGCAGUCCCAUUUCUACAUUUGGAAUUAACACGUAAACUGAGCUAGGUGUUUGACACAACAGGGAAGGUGGAGCAUUGUCCGUCGAACGUGUUGACGCAGUGGGAUUUGUACGUCUGGUCGGCCUUCCCUCCCGCCCUUCCCGCGGUGACGGUGAUGGGUCGGAAGCGGUGUGUCGGUGCAGAUUGUUCCAAGAUGGCGGCCGGGUGCUGCGGGGUGAAGAAGCAGAAGUUGUCGGGAUCCCCUGGGUCUGGAGGUCCCGGCGGAACGGCUAGUGGGGUAGCUGGAAGCGGGCAUUGUGGAUCGGACUUGGGGAUUGGCUCGUCCGCUGCUGUUGCGGCAGGGAACGUGAACCGAGUGAACGGCCUAGGGGGGCCAGGGAGUAGUAGUAGUAGCAGUAACAGCAACACUCUGUCCCCUUCCUCGGGGGGAAGCUACAACUCUACUGCCCUCUCUCCUCAUCUCAGCCCCGGCUCUAGUGGCUCUGGGAGCGGAGGUAGGAAAAUGGUCGUGUCAGCUGAGAUGUGUUGCUUCUGUUUCGACGUCCUUUAUUGUCAUCUCUACGGAUACCAACCUCCACGGACACCCAGGUUUACAAACGACCCCUAUCCACUGUUCGUCACUUGGAAAAUUGGCAGAGACAAGAGGUUGAGGGGUUGUAUAGGUACAUUUUCUGCCAUGAACCUGCACUCAGGACUCAGGGAGUACACCCUUACUAGUGCCCUUAAAGACAGCCGCUUUCCCCCCAUGACGAGGGAUGAGCUGCCACGUCUCUUCUGCUCAGUAUCUCUGCUCACCAACUUUGAAGAUGUUGGCGAUUAUCUUGACUGGGAGGUUGGUGUGCAUGGCAUUAGGAUAGAAUUUUUCAAUGAAAAAGGAUCAAAACGCACAGCCACCUAUCUUCCGGAGGUUGCAAAAGAACAAGGAUGGGACCACAUUCAGACCAUAGAUUCCUUACUUCGCAAGGGAGGUUAUAAAGCUCCCAUCACAAAUGACUUCAGGAAGAGCAUUAAAUUGACCAGGUAUCGUAGUGAAAAGAUGACUAUGAGCUACGCAGAAUAUAUUGCUCAUCGCCAACACCAUCACUACCAGAAUGGCAUUGGGCACCCUCUUCCACCCUACAACCAUUAUUCCUGACACCGAGCCGCAUGACCAGUCACUGGACCUCUCAGCAGACCUCUUCCCAGGAGAGCCCGCCCCCUCAUGGUCUAGCUAUCUUUACUACUGUACCAUUUUAUGAUGAUAGUUUCCGUUGCUGUGCAGACCAUCUUUUUGAUGGCUCAUGGCAACGGGGUUGGCAAAUUAAGUCUAAUAUUGAUUUACUAAAGAAGCAAAAAUUCCUAUUUUUCCUUUCAUGUAUUUUAGUUUUUGCAGCAUAUAUUUCCGUUACCCUUUUGUGAAUUAAAGGAGGAGAAAGUGGAGAAAUAAUGACCCCUUAUCAGGUUUAGAUUUUGUGAAUGGAGGUGAUAGCCCCAAAUUUUGAUUAGUUUUAUUCUGGGUAUGCAAAAUGUAAGUAUUUGUUCUUUUUUAUUUUAUUUUAUUUUGUUCUCUUUAAACUUUUUUUCUCCCCGAGUGUUGCCAUGUGUGUCGGGUACAUGUAAACAUUCAUGAUCUAUAACCCAAGUUUUUUUCUCCUGAAAUCAGUGGACCAUCAUGAAUUUUGGUGGGUUUUAAUGGUUGUGGAUGUGUUUCAGUUGUUUGCCUCAUGACCUCUUGUAUACCUUGUAGUUAUUAUACAAGGGUCUGCUUCUCUUUGUUUAGUUUUUGGAAAGCUUUGACUAUUAUUAAAGUACUGAAAAUUGGCUAAGAUACUUCCCAACAUUAUAAUUCUGGAUAUUAGACGCUAUUGUUCUUCACUUGACUGAAUUAUCUUAAGCUGAGUUGUAUCGCUCCCCUUUUGUGCUAGUUUUUGAGGAUUGUUUUUUUUUUUUCCUGAAUAUAAAUUCAAACCACAGGGACAUGCCAUAGAAAAGACUAUAAGCCAUAUUAAUUUUCUUACUGCAUGCAGAGUAGGUUCUGGGUGUCUUUUUUCCCCUUCAGUUUUGACAUCUAGGCACCACUCUGUUUACCUGAAUUUUUUGGCUAAUGGCUGUGUAGUCAAGGUUUUUCCCUUGAAGGCAAAGCUGGUAUUUCUGAUUGUAUCUGCCAUUUACUAUGAGUCUUAUCCUUGCGUGACAUUUGUUGGUUAUGUUAGCAGUCUUGGUUUGGGUCACAUUUUGUGACGGUUUUGUAAAGUCUUGAUAUAUUGUGGUUGUAGCCUCUCGAGUGCACCAUCAUGGUGUGAAUAAUGUUUACAUCUAUCUACAAAAACAAAUAAACUGUAACAUACUAUUUAA